AUGUGUAUUUCUGAGAAUUAUAUUAAUAAUAGCUCUCUCUUAUGGGAAUGUAAAAAUAAUCAUCAAUUUCGCCUAUCUCUUUCAGAUGUCGAGUGCAUGAAACUUGGACUUGAAUUUGCUCAGAAUCUCGCAAAUAAAAGGGGUGGGAUGUGUCUUUCCAGUUCUUAUCAUAACAGACGUACAUCACUCUCUUGGAGAUGUUCUGAAGGGCAUUU